GACGUUUGAACGGUUCGAAACAUACACGCGACACCCACAUACGCUCUUCCGUUAGCCGCUCACCCGUUAACCGUUACGAUGUUCAGCGGUCUUCUACAACGCCGCCGCUACUAAUCUACCAUAUCAGUUCGAUCGAGAAAGAAUUGAAGCACGCUGCACGUGACUGGAACGGGGCAUGUUAAAGGACGCCAACCAGGAGUUGAUUAAACAUCGCCAAUCGACGAAGCUCUCCAUGACCGACUUCGCUCGUCAGGCGGCGCCUGUACAGCUGCCUAUGCCGCUCGAAUUGCCGCUUCCCAUGUCAGUGCCGCUGCCGCUUUUAGCCAAGACUCCGACCAGCGAUCACGCCCCCAUGCACUCUACGCCCCCGACGACCCCGCUUACGCCACCGCCCCUGCCCUUGAACAUGAGUCAAUCGGCAUCAGCGGUGACAGAAGCGGCUACUCCAUCAGAUCACAGUCUGCCUACCACACCACCCACAGCAGGAGCACCAGCUGCAGCGUCGGAUCACUACAGCCUGCGCUGGAACAACCACCAGAACCACAUCCUGCGGGCAUUCGAUGCACUGCUGCAGACCAAAACGCUGGUGGACGUGACCCUGGUCUGCGCGGAGACUUCGAUCCGUGCUCACAAAAUGGUGCUCUCCGCCUGCUCGCCCUUUUUCCAGCGCGUCUUUGCGGAGACUCCCUGCAAGCACCCCGUAAUCGUGCUCAAGGAUUUCCGGGGCUGGGUAGUGCAGGCCAUCGUAGACUUUAUGUACCGCGGAGAGAUCAGCGUGCCCCAGCAGCGACUCCAGACCCUCAUCCAGGCCGGUGAGUCGCUUCAAGUCCGAGGCUUGGUGGAGAGCUCUGUCCCAGAACACACACCCACACCGGCCGCCUCUCCCGAUGAAUUCGGCAUGUUGGACACAUCUAUGCUGUCCUCCAGCUUUGAGGACGAGUGUCCGACGAUGGUCAGACCCACUGCGGGUGGAAAGCUUAUGAUGCCGUCCGCCCGACUCUUCGGCAACGCUUCAAACGCCAUGGCUGCGCUAGGUCUGCGGCGGAAACGGGAGCAGGAUUGCGACCGCGACAUGGAGAGCGAUCAGGAGCUGGGAGGCAGCUCACCUAUGCCACGACGUAAGCAAGCACGACCGCGGCGCCGCUCCGGCGAUGUGCCGCACGACUUCACCCUGAACAAGACCGAUGCAGAAUCCUUGCAAACUGUGAUCAAGCACGAGCUUCUGGAGCGAGCGGAAAGAGAUCAGGACGAGGCUCAUGAUCGAGAUCACGCCCAAGGUGAAGCUGAAAAAAAUAAUUCGUCGCCAGCAGAAACGAUGGCCGAACAGGCUAAGGAGCAGCAGUCCAUGAAACAAGAAGGACCCGAUCAGCCACGCGGCCACAACGAGAAUCACCACCAGCUCGACCUUGACGAUGAUGACGACGACGAUCAGGAUCACGAAGAGGAAGAGGAGCAAGACAUUGAAGAGCUUAUUCACACGACCAACGAGCUGAGGCGUAAGGCUGCAGCAGCUGCUGCUAAUGCGGCCGCCAUGUCCCCCAACCCUUCUCCCAGCCUCAGUGACGGACCCGAAGACCUCUGCACCACAAAGAAAGCCAAGGAGGGAGUUUCUGGCGCCCCUAGCUCGUCAGACUGUGAGUCCAAUAACAACAACAGCAGCAAGCUGCAGGACAACAACCAGCGCAUAAUGCUGUCUCUGAAGGACAUCCGCCAACUAAACGCUAAUCCGAACCCCACGGCCAUCCACACGCCUACGAGCUGUUCGGGGGGCAACAACGGACUGCUUAGUUUUCCACCGCCGGGUCUUCGGCCACCUGGACUCCCAGACAGCCCGCCCUGCCACAUGGAAGCGCUGGAGGCACAAAUGCACGCAGCUGCGGCUGCUGCCGUGGCGGCUGCUGGAUCUGGGGAGCACCCCUUCCAUAAUAUGGAGCACCAGAUGGAGAUGUCCCUGGCGGCUGCAGCGGCCGCUGCUGCGAUGCAUCAGCGUGAGCCACGGGAUCCCCGUGAUGGGCGCGACCACAACGCAUUUGCGAGCAAUUUGCUGGGGCCAAUGGGGAUGCCCCCGUUCGGAGGACAUAACGGAGGCCAUCCGGGCAACAGUGGUCCAGGAAACGGAUGUCCUGGACAGGCUGCGCACGAAAGACUCGAGGAGAGUAUGAAUCGACUGAGCAAGGAGCUUGGCAAGGAGUUUGGAAAGGACUUUGGGAAGGAGUUCGGAAAGGAGUUUGGCCCGGCAUCGCCGAUGAGUCUGCAAGGUCCCUUCAGUGCGCCGGAUGGACCUCCGCAUCCGCCAUCACCACUGCCCUUUCCUGGCAUGUCCUCUGCGAUGACGCUGACUCCGCCACAUAUGUUUGGCCUCGACUCCCCACUCGGACUCUUUCCGCCCGGAAUCGAUCCUGGCAAGCUGUAUAACCCGCUAAUGGAAAUGAGCGAUCCAAGGGACAUGCCUGGCGGGCCGCCUCCGUUUCUUAAAAAGAAAAUGCCACGACCAAAGGGACAGCACUCAGCCCCUCGCGGCGGACCUCCGCGCUCGUGGACUAACACAGAACUGACGGAGGCACUUCAGCACGUUUGGAACAAAAAGAUGACCACGUCGCAGGCUUCGCGGAUUUUCGGUAUCCCCUACAAUUCCCUACUCAUGUACGUCCGGGGAAAGUACGGAAAGAGCUUAAAGCUGGAGCAGCUGCGUAAGGACUGCAUCAGUGGGCCACCGAUAGAAAUGCUGCAAAUGGGCAUCGGCGGAGGCAGCGGUGGUUCCACUAAGAAUGAGAAGAGCAAGGAGCGCAAGGAGAAGGACAAGGACAAGAACUCCAUGAGCAACAACGGUUCGGGUGGUUCCUCCAAUGCCCAAGGCGGAGGACCGACCUCCGGCAACGGGUCAAUGCAGCAUCCCGGUGAACUGGGACCUAUGGGACAGUUAGACCUGGAUCUGGGACUUCCCCUGGGUCCCCCGGGAGGGCCCCGUAGUAACAGUUCAGAGCCCGAUCUACUGAGUGCCCCAAAUGCCCUGUUCAACCCCUUCAACCCACAGGGUUUCUACCCGGAUUUCUCGGGCGGCUUUCCCGGCCUCCCUCUGAGCAUGUUAAACCUUUUGCCACCGGCAGAGCGCCACCAUGCAGCUGCCGCUAUGCACCAUCUCGGCGUGAGCAUGGAUGAGGACUGCAAGUCUGUGGGGUCGAAGCAGUCCUCCUCCGUGGACGAUGACUACCCAGGUCCUGGAAUGCCGCUCUCGCUGGAGCACCGGCGGGAGAUAAGCGCGACGGGCCCACCACUCACGCCAUCUAACGGCGGGGCCGGGCAAGAUUGAAACUUGUGGCGGGAUUGGGCAGCCGGGGCUGCCAACGCCAAUCCAAUGUACUUCCCUGCUUUCGAGCUGGACCAGGAAAAAAUCCCGACCCCGCCGUCCCUGCCUUCGCGACCCGCCCUUUACCAAAUGGCCUGCCGUGAGCUCAGCUUUAAGCCAGACCGGUUCAUGGCAAGAAGAAAGCUGAAACGCUUCCGGGCCAAGCGCCAACUCCAAGCGCAGAUUGACACUCCAACAGCAGCCGUUCCUGCGCCUUGUCCAGUCAGCAACGCGCUGCCCCCGCUAAGGACUUGAAAGUGAACCCGAAUGCAAUACGUUACUAUUAGCUGAUGAUUUCUUUUAGUUAAGUAGCCCCAAAGGAGUAUG